AUGGAUUUCAAGGCCCUCCCCAAGAUCGAGCUCCACGCUCACCUCACCGGCAGUGUCUCCCGCCAGACCCUCCACGACAUCUGGGCCACCAAGCACGCCGCCGGCACCACGACCCUCGACGACCCCUCGAUCGUGAUGCCUGCCGGGAAACAUGACUAUAAUCUCGAGACCUUCUUCCCCCUCUUCUCCUCGUACAUCUACGGCCUCCUCCCCGACGCCGCAUCCCUGACGCGCGCCACGCGCUCCGUCCUCGACGACUUUGCCGCAGACGGCGUCCUCUACCUCGAGCUCCGCACCACGCCGCGCCGCACGACCGAGAUGACAAAGGAAGUCUACGUCCGCACCGUCGUGGCCGCCAUCCAGGCAUGGGAAGCCGACCAGACGGCGAGCCCAGCGCCAGGCAGCAGCGCCCCGCGCAUGCGCAUGUGCACGCGCCUCAUCCUCAGCAUCGACCGCCGCGACGCACUGCCCGAGGCGCACGAGGUGCUCCGCAUCGCCGACCUCCUGCGUCGCGAGAGCGAGAGCGACAUGAUCGUCGGCGUCGACCUCUGUGGCGAUCCUGCCAAGCGCACGCCGUCUGACCCGCGCGGCUCCGUCGCUGUCUUCACCGACGUGUUCCGCGCGGCCAAGGCCCAGGGGUUUGGCGUGACGGUGCACUUUGCAGAGGCCGAGGUGUCGGGGACGGAGGAGGAGCUCGGGGUGCUGCUCGGGUGGCAGCCGGAUCGGCUCGGGCACGUCAUCUGUCUGAGUCCUGCUGUCAAGGAGGCUGUGAAGAGGCGAGGCCGCGAGGGGGGCAUCGGGCUGGAGCUGUGUCUGAGUUGUAAUGUGCAGGCCAAGAUGGUCGAGGGCGGCUUCGGGGCCCAUCAUUUUGGAGAGUGGUGGGGCACCGAGGGGUGUCAUGUUUCGCUCGGCACGGACGAUGUCGGUGUAUUUGGCAGCCCCCUCUCAAACGAGUACAGGCUCGCUGCAGAGCACUUCAACCUUUCGAAUGCCCAGGUCUGCGAGCUGGCGCUGCAGCCCAUCCCGAGCAUCUUUGGCGGAGAGGCGAUCCAGGUGCAGUUACGGGGGGCCAUGUGGAAGCCAGAGGAUCACAGGUGA